CAUUCACAAAUAACACUCACAAUAUUGUGCCGAGAUAAUUAUUUGAAUAAAAUAAUGCCGAAAAGACCAAGAGAAUAUAAGCAAUGGAUGAAGGAUCCCAAUCCAAAAGAGCCGAAGCAAACGAAACAUUCAAGAAAGAAACGUCAACGGCAAAUUGCUGGACAGGGGCAAAAUGCAGCUGUAUGCUCACAAAUAGAAGCUCACAUUGUAAAUAUUGGCUGCACUUCUGCUGAAAGUAUACAUUCAUUAGAGGAAACGUUUACUUGUGAUAACUCUCCAAAAAAUAAUGAAGAGCUCAUCCUCAAUGAGGAAAUUGAUACAGAUUCUAUAUUUAGUAUUAAUGACUUUCCACAACCAUGUUCUAUACUUGAAAAUACAUGGGACAAG